UUGCAAAGUGUAACUUUAUAUUCGUUUAAAAAAAAACGCCAAAAAAUUUUGUAAAUUUUCGGUUCUAACUCAAGAAAAAAUAGAAUUUCGCGAAUUUAUUUAUUUGCAUUUUUAGUUCAUUUUGCAUUUAGUGAAAAAUUAAAUUUUUUUUUCGUAAAAUAAUGGAAUCAAAGUACUUUAUCAUCUUAGCAGCUUUAGUUGUAAGUGCACGUGCUGGUGGUCCAGCAGCUUAUUCUAUUUCUGCACCAAGUAUUGAUGCUCAUUCAGUUGGAAGCAGUAAUGAACAUACAGUAAAGGGACAUUAUGGUGCAAAUUCCCAUUCAGAAUAUCAUAGUUCAGCUGAAACACCACAUUCACAUGCAACUGUAUCAAGAACAAGUAUUACAAAUGAUGCUCAUGUUGGUCAUGCAAUAGCAGCACCAGUUGCUUAUGCUCAUGCACCAGCAAUUGCUCAUGCCCCAGCCUAUGUACAUCAUGCACCAGCUGUACAUGCUGUACAUGCAGCACCUGCUGUUGUUGCUGCACCAGCUUAUCAUGGUUAUGGAGGACAUUAUGGUGGACAUUAUGGUGGUCAUUUAGCUGUAGCAGCACCAGCUGUUAAAGUAGCUGCAGCACCAGCUGUUUAUCAUGGUGGACCAUUAGUAGGACAUGGUUAUGGUUUAGGUUAUGGACAUGGUUUAGGUUAUGCUCAUGGUUUAGGAUAUGGUCAUGGUUUAGGACAUGGUUUAGCCUAUGGUCAUGGUUUAGCUUAUGGACAUGGACUUGCAUAUGGUCAUGGUGGACAUUAUGCUGCUCCAGCUUAUGCAUAUGGUGGUCAUUAUGCUGCACCAGUUGUUAAGGCUGCUGUUGCUGCUCCACUUGUACAUACUGCUGUUGCUGCACAUGGACAUCAUAUUGCUUAUUAAAUCUUAAAAUAUAAUUUCAUCAAAAGUGUUAAAUAAUGAAAGUAAAACAAACACUGCCAACUAUUGAAUGUCAUGAUGGUGAUUUCAAAAAUGUAAUGAAACCUCUGUAAUACUCAUCUGCAUAAAUUCAAAAAAAAAAAACAAAAAAUACAUCGAAUUCCACCAUUUUGUUUUUUUUUUUUUUUUUUAAUUUUAUUAUUGUAACUCAUUUCAAUAUACGUACAUUUACUCGUUAUACAAAAGAAUUUGCAGUGAACUCUAAACCUAUACUCAUUUUUUUUCUCUUCAUUUUUUUUUAAUGCAUUUUUUUUUACAUAUAUGUAUGUGUUACUAUAUUGAAUAUUUAUAUAUGUGUAUAUUUAAAUAUUGACAUUUCUUCUGUCAAAAAAACGAACGAUUUAAAUAAAAGAAAAAACCAACAAUCGAUCAAUAAAUUAAUAGUUUGUAAGUUAAAUGAAUGGAAAAAAGCAAAAAAAAAUAUAAAAAAAUAAAUAAAAUUAUGCGCGGUUAAAAAACAAA